AAAAUGACAGAUUCCAGCCUUCCAGAGAAUGUCGAACUCUUACGUACUCGUGUUAUAAUUGAAAAAGAUAGAGUGUAUAGUGCAAGUGGAAGCGAUUAUCCUCAUCAAUACCCAGGUAUUGACAAUAGUUUCGACCUUGAAAAAUUCAAGCAGAACUUUAAAGUCAAGAUUCAACGCUUAUCGAAACACAGCGUCGAAUUUGACCUGAUUGGUAUUGAUGCUAGCAUUGCCAAUGCUUUCCGUAGAAUAAUGAUUGCAGAAGUUCCUACAAUGGCUAUUGAAAAAGUAUAUGUGAUGAACAACACCUCUAUUAUUCACGAUGAAGUACUCGCCCACCGUCUAGGUUUGAUUCCUAUUUUAGCAGACCCUAAUGAAUUUGAUUACAUGACUGAAGAAGGAGGACCUACUGAUCUUAAUACACUUGUCUUCAAGCUCAAGAAGAAAUGUGAAAAUAACCCUGAAGCCUCAGCUGAUGAAACUGAUCCUCAUAAGAAAUAUAUCAAUGGUUAUGUUUACUCUAGAGACUUGGUUUGGGAACCCAAGGGUAACCAAGAAGAACGAUUUGCCAAUAACCCACCCAGGCCUGUUCAUGACGAUAUUGUGAUUGCUAAACUUAGACCUGGCCAAGAAAUAGAUAUGGAAUUACAUUGUCAAAAGGGUAUUGGAAAGGAACAUGCCAAAUGGUCACCUGUGGCUACAGCAUCCUAUCGAUUACUCCCAGAAAUUACCAUUUUGGAGCCCAUCACAGGCGAAGAUGCUGAAGAAUUCAAAAACUGCUUUGUUGAUGGUGUUGUAGAAGUUGUGAAAGUAAAUGGUGUAAAGACAGCCAAAGUGGUCAAUGCUCGUAAAGACACAGUGAGCAGAGAAGUAUUAAGACAUGAUAAAUUUGCAAAUAAGGUUCGAUUGACUCGUGUUCGUGAUCAUUUUAUAUUCAAAGUCGAAACAUCAGGCGUUAUUCCAGCCGAGCAAAUUUUCCUAUCUGCACUCGAUGUGUUUAUGGAAAAGAUUAAAGACAUUCAACCUCUUGUAGACCGAGUUGUUUCAAAUGACGGUGCUUAGAACCCAUUUAUAAUAAUAAAGAUAUGCAUUUCAUUUUAUAGCGCG